UGCCCAUCUCUUCCAUUUCCACAAUCACGCGCUUUGUCUAACCUGCAUCCAUGUCCCAUCUCAGGAUCACGGAGUUGUUCUCCGUCGAGGGCUUAGUGGCCGUCAUCACGGGAGGUGGUAGUGGCCUGGGUCGGAUCAUGGCUCACGCACUCGCCGAGAACGGUGCAUCCAAGAUCUUCAUCAUCGGGCGUCGCCAAGAAGCCCUGCAGGAGACGGCCUCCCUGAGCUCCAAGACGAAGGUCAUCAUUCCCAUUCAAGCCGACAUCUCGUCCAAGGAGUCGCUCCAGGACGCCUACGACGCCAUUGCAGCGCAGACGGAACAUGUUGAUCUGCUGAUCGCCAACAGCGGAAUCCUGGGUCCGAUCAACCGGCCGCCCGGGCCCAAGCCCGACGGAUCGAGUCCCAGCCUAUUCGAGAUUCGCGAACAGCUGUGGUCCGCAUCCAUGGACGAGUUUACGAAGGUCUUCGACGUCAAUGUCACCGGGGCCUAUUUCACCGUCCUGGCCUUCCUCCCAUUGCUGGAAGCCGCCAACAAGCGGAGACCUGCGCCGGUGAAGAACCAGCCGUCGGCCCCAACCGCCCAGGUUAUCAUCACGAGUUCCAUCGCGGGCUUCAACCGCCGCGUGCCGUUUAGUGUCGCCUACAACCUUUCCAAGGCUUCCACGAACCAGCUGAUCAAAAUCCUCGCCACCGUGCUGUCGUCCUACGACAUCCGGGUGAAUGGCAUUGCGCCGGGGCUGUACCUGUCGGAGAUGUCGACGUCGACUUUCCCGGAAGGCGACAAGGGUAUUUCCGACGGGUCUUUCCCCCGCGACAUGAUCCCCCUCACCCGUGCUGGUAGCGAACAAGACAUGGCUAGUCUGAUUCUGUGGAUGGCGGGUCCCUCAGGUGCGUAUCUCAACGGCAACAUCACCAUAACCGAUGGAGGACGAGUGAGCGCUGUCCCAUGCACGUAUUAGUCGGCAGACAUUGCACGUAGAUCCAGACUGCAGAGGUUGUACGAUGGAUACUAGGUCUUAGAGAUUUAAAAAUAAUGUGAUAUGUUAAAUGAUUUCGA